GGCUGGAGCGUUUUAACGCGCGACUCGAAGGUGGAAGACGGAAACGAAGCGGUCUGUUGCGAUGAAAACAAAGUGGCGUCUUUUUAUUAUUUCAUUUAUUUGUGUUUUAUCACUUAGCUCUAUCAGCUGUACAGCAGAUCCAUAUAAAUCUUUAUUUACCAAACAGAGAAAAGUGUUUAAAGUCGUUAAACCUUUUAAUGCUGAGGACAGAAGGUCCAUCCAAAGGAUCUCCAGAAGUACACCUCAACUCAGGUGGGGGAAGUCGGUUCAUUCCUCCACGCUAGUGACUUCCUCUCUGAUUCCAGUGCAGCCAGAGAUCAGGGUCCAAGCGGCCCCGGAUGUCUCUGUCACCUGCUCCACCUCGGACUUUGUGGUGCGGGUCAAACCAGCUUUCUAUGGUCUGGGCGCAGAUGCGCAGGAGCUGACGCUGGGCACCAACUGCAGAAGUAACGGGGUUCUCAGGCCGCAGGGGGACCUGCUUUUCACCUAUCCUCUGACGGCGUGCGAUGGAGUGCGGGAGCUACCGCACGGUUAUCUGGUCUACAAAUACGUGCUCCACUAUGAGCCGUCUCCAAAAAGGUUCCCCAGCAGAGCGCACCAAGUCGACGUCAACGUUGAAUGUCAUUAUCAAAGAGACCAUUCUGUCUACCAGCUGGCGGUACAGCCCACAUGGCAAACUGUUAUUCUGCGCAAAAAACUGAAGGGACGUCCCAAGGAGUUCCAGAUCAAUUUAAUGGAUGAUUCAUGGAGAACACCAACCAAGUCUCAGGUGUAUCUACUGGGACAAACUGUUAAUAUCCAAGUCUCUGCACCUCACCUACCUCCUGGAUUAAAGUUAUACAUCAACAGCUGCUAUGCAGCACCCUCUAGUGGCUCCAAAUCCUCUCUCAAAUACACCUUAGUAGACAACCUUGGGUGUAUGCGGGACAGCAAGAAUGAACCUGGAGCCUCACAGUUCAUAUCUCGGACAGACAAGACCCUGAGGUUCUCCUUGAGGACCUUCCAGUUUACAGCUGACCCUGACACUAAGGUCAGCAUCCAUUGCAAGUUAUCAGUCGCAUCAGAUGGUCCAGGACCCACUCAAAAAUCCUGCACCUACAAAGACCACAGAUGGCGAGCACUUACUGGUCAGGAUUCUGUAUGCGAGUGCUGUGAAUCAACAUGUGUGAUGGCUAAACAACGGAGAGCAUUAUUAGAAGGUUUUGCCAUCAGUAGGCCGUUACUGGUCUCGGAUCCGCCAUACCGGGCUGAGAAUGGGCACCAACAAAUAAGCCCAUCUGCAGUCAGCAGAAGAGAAGAUGAAGACGAACUAUAUGACCAAGACAUGAAUGAUAAUCAAAAUCUUUGGGAGGAUGAAGUCUUUAAAAAUCAUGAGGAAAACAAUAACAGAUGGCUUGAAGAAAGUGAAACCAUCCAUGGAGCAAGGAUGGAACCAGAGGAGUUGACCCACAGUAGGAGAGUCGUGGAGGACAAUUGGGGUGAAUCUGAAUUAUCAGAUUUAAAUGAGUUUGAAGAGGGUGCCUCAGGAUAUGUGGAAGAAGAGUUUUCAGAGCAUGCAGAAGCAGAGGAGACCUUAGAGGCAAGCGAGGAUGAAAUCACUGAAGAGCUAAGUCCUGUAAACGAUAAAGAUGAUUUGCUUAAUCCAAAGGCGGAGCUGGAAGAGGUGUUUACAGAGGUUGGGUUAGAGAGGGGACUGAAGCCCCCCGGCCCCAAGGAAGGAAUAAUUGAUAAACAAGCAUGUAGAGGGGAGGAGGACAGGAGGACGAUGCCUCUAAAGAUGCAAGGAAAGGAUGAAGACAGUGUGGUAGAUGAAAAGGAGGAAACAUGGUAUUUCACAUGGAUGUAGAUGAUGAUCCAUCUGCUUGAUUGCUGUCAUAAGACUGAUGUGUGCAUAAUAAAUGAUCAAAUCCAA